AUGUCGAUCAUCCCAAAUCUGUGGUUUUUGACCAACUCCGUGACGACCAGUUUGCCUGCAGGCCAACCUCCAAAGCAACGAUCCCUGCACGCCAGCAUCGUGGUGGGGGAUUGCCUUUACAUCUUUGGUGGGUAUGAUGGCAGCAGCCGUGUGAAUGACUUCUACAAGUUCAGCUUUAAGGUCAGCCCACCGCUCGUGAUCGACAUGUGGUCGUGCUGGGGGCGCCCGGAGACGGACGGAGACGGGACGGACGGCGAAGGAACGAUACGGCGGGAGAUGGUGAAGGCGGAGCCAGGUCCAGUUUUGAAGCGGAUGGACUUCAAGAUGAGCUGGGGAGCUGGGGAGACCGAGCUGGUGAUGGUGAUGGCAUGGACCGGAGCCGAUGAGUGGUCCUACACGGACAAGAUCUAUAUUUUCGCCGGAUACGACGGGAACAACCGCGUCAACGAUUUCUGGCAAUAUGACACCGAACAUGAGUCCUGGCAGAUGGUGGAUGCCGCUCUUGGGAACCCACCCACUCCACGGCACAGCCAUUCGGGCGUCGAGUACGAUGGAUCCAUGUAUAUCUUCGCCGGAUACGAUGGGAACUACAGGAGCGAUUUUCAUCGCUACAACUUCCCGCAGCGGAAGUGGUCCAUCGUGCCGGUGAAGGGUUCCGUGCCCAAGGCGCGCUACAGGACCUCCGCGGUGGCGUACAAGAAUCGCAUGCUGGUGGUGGGUGGCCAUGAUGGUGCCAAGCACCUGAACGACUUCUACCAGUUCAACUUCGACUCCCUCGAGUGGAGUUUGGUAGAGACCACCGGCCAAGUGCCGCCGCCUUCCCCAAGAGACUCCCACUCAGCGGUCAUUUGUGGGGAUUCCAUGUACCUCUUCGGCGGCAGCACCGGCAGCGCGCGGAACGACCUGUACGCCUUUAGCUUUGAAACAGAGCAGUGGCUGGAGGUGCGUCCCACACCCGGCGCGUCGCAGAAGGCGAACGUGCCUUGCCCACGAUUCUGCCACACGUGUGAUGUGUACAACAAUUCUCUCUACGUCUUCGGCGGCUAUGACGGCCAGCAGCGUCUGAAUGACUUCUGGCAGUUCAAGCUGGCCACGGAGGUGAACAUCGACAUCCCAAGCAGCUCCUUAGUCUCGGACCUGAGGGAUUUCCUCAACGACGCCAAGCUGUCGGAUGUCACCUUCAUCGUCGAAGGAAAAGCCGUUUAUGCGCACAAGCUGCUUUGCAUGCGGUGCUCCUACUUCCGCGCCAUGUUUGACGGACAGAUGCGCGAGGCCCAACAGAAGACGAUUACCAUCAACAACGUCUCUCAUCGUGUCUUCCUGGCCUUGUUGGAGCCGGGGGGCCCCGAAGCGAAGCUGACACCUCGGGUCGGUGAUGUUUCCGGGUCGGGUCGGGUGGGGGUGACCGGAGAGGGCGGAGUGAGACCCGAGAUUGAGUCGUUCUGUCCACUCACAGGUUGCCCUUUGCCUUUCUUUGCUGUGGAUGUUUGA